UGAACUUUAAACGUCAAAAUACAUGCAAUCUAUAAACAACCAACAAAUUUUUCUUCGCUUUUCAUUCCACUAAAAUUUUAGAUUUUUAAAUAUUUUUCCACAAAAAUAUGCAAUUUAAAUAAACAAAUAUAAGCCAACGCAACUUAAGUGAAAAUGACUUCUGAAGUAAGUCAAUCAAAAGCUGAACAUUUUAUUGAACAACUUAACGCAUCCAAUGCCAAAAAAGUUGCUCUCCUCCUCGUUAUCGGCUUCGUAGCUUAUCACGGAAUCCUCAAUUAUCGCUAUGGAAGUGAUUCGUGUAAUUGGCUCCUCUCGAAGGGACGUUUCAAAGGCGACAAGGAAUGGCAACCAUACGGGUGUAUGAUGCAUAAGUACUCCCAAACAGAUACAAGGCGUUGUUUUCGAUACUUGGCUUUUUGGGGCAACAAAAAUCAAUUUGUAUUUAUCGGCGAUUCCCGCGUUCGGAUGCUCUAUCACACAUUCAUUAACCACCUUCAUCCAAAUGACGACGAUAACGGCUCGCUAUUACUCCCCGAUCAGAAGUCGGACACCUCCUUCGAGGAUCCCAAGCUUAAGAUGAAAGCCAUCUACGUGUAUGCUGAUGAUAUGCAAAACAGUGUCUUGCAGCUAUUGGCGAAAUUUGAGGCUGAUACUCCCUCUCCCUCGGUUGUGAUUGCGGGAUUUACCCAUCAAGGUUUCCUCGGUGGCAAUGUAACCACCGAAUUAUUGAAAGCUUAUAAUUUCAAUCUAACUAAGCUUGUGGUGCCAUUUGACAAGUUGGUAGCGAAGAAAUCGAAAGUUCUUUGGAAACUGCAGGACAGAGUAAACGAAGAGAAACUAGUCGACGCCUGGAAGGCUGUACAGAACGAAGACAUCGAUAAGUUCAAUCGAGUUGCGCGAGAAGUUUUCCGCUAUUCCACGGCAAAUGUAUGGGAGUCCUCUUUUCACAUAGCCAAUGGGCUGCUUGACAAUGCUGCCGACGGAUAUCAAUUGAGUCCGCUCGGGCUGCGGCAUGACAUUCAAAUAAUUCUGAAUAUGUAUUGCAACGAUUACAUGAAUUACAAUGAUGGGACUUGCUGCAGUAGUGCCGAGCCCUACACAUUCAUCCAGAUUGUGUCUUAUGCUGUUUUUGGAGUUUGCUUUUCUCUGGUACUGGCGAUGUACGCACGUCGUUGGAUAAUGCACCUGCGAGGCAAGACACUUUACAUGCCGCUAAGUCAAGUUGGCACUAACGGAGCUUCAGUAUCACUGCCAUCAGAUUACUCAACGCCCAUUGUUGCGUUAGCUACUCUCGGCAUAAUUCUCGCGUACUUCUAUCUUUGUGAUCGCACUAAUUUCUUUAUGAAGGAGAACAAGUACUACUCGGAGUUUAGCUUUUGGAUUCCAGUGGGUUACGUGGUUGCUUUGGGUUUGUUCUUUACCGAAGAUUCACGCUUCACCAAGGUUCUCAAUCGCGACCAAACGGACGAGCUCAAAGGUUGGAUUCUGUGUGUGGUGCUCAUCUAUUACAUGACCGGAGCCCAUCGGGUUUUGCCCAUUCACAUGAACAUGCGAGUUCUUAUCAGUGCGUACCUGUUUCUGACGGGUUACUCCCAAUACACCUACAUGUGGCACACUGGGAAAUCUGGCUUGGUGCGGUUCUUCCAAGUGAUGUUCCGUAUGAAUUUCUUGACCAUUGUCCUCUGCUUUUGCAUGAAUCGUCCAUACCAGUUUUAUUACUUCGUCCCAUUGCUCUCCUUCUGGGUGUGCAUUAUUUAUUUUCUGUUAUCACUGCCGCCGAGAAUCACCUCUCAGAGUGUGGACAGUAAUGCACUGCACUAUCUCUAUUUGGUGGGUAAGUUUGUCGGCUGCUUGAGCGUCAUUACAGUGCUCUUCCUCUCAGAGGUGUUCUUCGAGAGAAUAUUCGUAACCCGGCCAUGGAAGGCGCUGUUCGUCACCACCGAUGAUGACAUCCACGAUUGGUGGUAUCAGUGGAAGAUCGACCGCUAUACAGUGACAUUUGGAAUGAUCUUCGCUGCUUGCUUCCACAUUGCUCAGAAAUAUAGCAUUUUUGAUGACAAUAACCACGGAAAUCUAUUUGCUCGCCGAACUUCGAUAACGGUCACUCUGUUGGCAAUUAUCGGUGUGGGAUUCUAUGAGACAUUUAGUUUCCUGUGUCGCAACGAACAGAAUUGCGAAGAGAUUCACUCGUACAUUGUUUUCAUCCCAAUUGUGGGCUACAUUAUUCUGAGGAAUAUUUCGGGGAUCUUGCGGACGAGAUAUUCGACAUUCUUUGCUUGGUUCGGACGAAUCUCCUUAGAAUUGUUUAUUUGUCAAUAUCAUAUUUGGCUGGCAGCCGAUAGACAUGGAGUUCUUGUUCUUUUGCCCGGAUUCCCAACUUUAAACAUGAUUAUAACGAGUUUUAUUUUUGUCUGUGCUUCACACGAAGUCCAUAGGAUUACACAAAUAUUGCUGCCAUACGCUGUUCCCAAUGAUUGGAAAUUAGUGACAAGAAAUUUUAUUUUGUUUUUCAUAAUACUUAUUCCAAUUGGACGGUAUGAUGGAAUGUUUUAGAAUAUAAGAUUAUGACUCGAAGAGGCUUAAGACUAGUUUGUAAGAAGCACAAAGUAAUAAAUAUGAAGAAUAAAUACAUAGAAAUGUAGAUCUGCAAUUGCUUAUCAAUCUAAGAACUUUCCUUGUUAGUAGAAGGAUUUAUUUCAUUUAUGUAAGCUAAAUUAAAGGCUGUACUUAUAAUUUAUUCACCAAAUAAAACAAAAUUAAUAGAUA